CUUAAAGAUCGAUCAUACGACUGGAUCUACAUGUGUUGUACUUGUUGCAGUCUGUGCACCGAUUUGAAAGCAAAUAAAUCAUACUGCAGUCAAUCUAGGAUUUUCCGUGGCAACAAAACAACUCACUCAAUCAAUGUCUCUAUCUCGGACACUAAACCCUUCUCGGAAGUUGUUGCGAGGUUCUUUGGCUGAGCCUGGAACUAUCGACUGAUUCGGGGCCCCCGGUCGCCUUGUGUUCAUUUCUGAUAUGAAACCGACAAAUUGGCGACUCUGAGAGUCAUAUUUCUAUUCGAUUUGAAUGUCGCAAUGUCCCCGUUCAGCAUGGCAUCUAGCAACCGGACCCGAACCUUGUCCGUCAGCUUCGCAACAAGCAAAGACAGAUGGACACCCGAAAGAUAUAAGGAGCGCUGCCUUUUGUGGGCGACCACUGCUAGGCAACACUUCUUCUCUCAUCUCGAAUAUCCGUACGCCGUGACCGUGUACUAUCCCAUCUCCCCUUCCUAGGACUCAUCAACUCGCACCUGUCAAUUUGAGUCUGCCUGUCCCAGUUUCUUGUCUUUCAUCAUGGCGACGUUUGUUGGCAGCAUCGAACAUGCGAUUGCCCAUACGUCCAGACUGGUGGCCCGCGAUCAAAACACCACAGACUUGCCAGGAGGCAAGACCCUUCAGGAAUAUAACACCCAAGGAAGAUACGACUAUGAUCCCUCGUUUGCGGCGGCCAUAAUUUUCUUGGUGCUCUUCGCCAUCGCCACGGCCAUUAACCUCUUCCAAUUCUUCCGGCAUAGAGCUUGGUUCUGGUGGGUGAUGAAUUUUGCUGUGAUCAUGGAACUGGUCGGGUACAUUGCUCGAACGAUUUCCAUCAAGAACCUCCACAGCAGGAACAUUUUCAUAGUCCAAACCGUUAUGAUUCUCGUGGCGCCAGCUGUCAUGGCCGCAGCCUGUUACAUGUCGUUUGGCCGCGUCACCAUCUGGGUUGUUCCGAAAGAUUAUCAGACCGUCAAACACCUUUGGGUACCGCCACGUCGGAUUACGCCAGUGUUUGUGGGCUUCGACAUCCUCAGUUUCUUUGUGCAAGUCAUUGGCGGCUCCAUGGUGGCUGCGGCAAGCAACAUUAACUCGGCCAACCGGGGCAGAAACGUGGUGCUGGCAGGACUUUCACUGCAACUGGCGACCUUUGGGUUUUUCGUCUUUGCAAGUGUCCGACUAAACUUCAUGUUGAGGACACAGCUUCGAGAUGUCCCAUUACCCAAAGAACGCAAUUGGCAGCUAUUCCUAAACGUCGUCAAUGUCGCCAAUGUACUUAUCCUAAUCCGAACCAUGUUGCGACUGAUUGAAUACUCCAUUGGCACCUACAACUAUCUCACCAACCAUGAAUGGUUCUUUUACUGCUUCGACUCGGCUUUAAUGUUUGUGGUGGUUGCUACCUUCAUCAUCUUUCACCCCGGAUACUAUCUCCCCUACCUGGGAAUCAAACGGAAGGAACAGAAGUUCUCGAAGAACGCCGACAAGGGACCCCUUAGCGUUCUAGCCAGGAGGAAGACGAUGCAUGAGGCGGUAUGAAGUUGCACUUGAUAGAGAAGGCGCACGCUUUCAUGUCUCGGCGCGCAUCAACGAAGAGUGUUGUCUUUUAAGGAGCACUUUCCCGGCGGAUCGGUGGAGAGCUCGGCAAUUGUUCGUGGUUGUUUAUGGGCCGGUCGCAAUGCGACCUCUGAACUAUGUAUAAUGAAUCAUGUCAAGUCGUUUAUCCGACUUGUCUUUAGUCGUGCGUAAAUUGGCAACACCAGCGGCUGAAAGUGGAUUGUUGCAUCCUCUCUUUCUCCUCGUGUGGGUUCAUCAUGCCGUCCCCCUGUGGUAUGGGAU